AUGCGGACAUCUUAUGUUAGCCUGCUGCUCCUUUUGGGAUGUGCGAUUCCAUUAGGUGCAUCUAAUCCCGACAGGGCAGCCCUACAAAUACGGCAAGAUUCAGCAACUGCUGGUAGUGAUACAGAUCUCCCAAACUUGACGACCAACUCGCCGACUACCACAACUGAAGCUGCCUCAACCAGUAGCAAGGCUAUCACCUCCAGCGCCGCGCAGACAACUGAACAUGGGGAGUCCUCGCAAACAACUGCGGCUUCAUCCACGCAGAAAUCUACCACGCAGUCUCCGGCAACGACAGCAUCGGCUCCCACUGCCACAAACACUCUCGCAGGUAAUGCAACUUCCCCUUCAAGCGAGGCAACAACGGAAGAUAAUCUGCCUUGGGAACCAACGAUAACGCCAGCGUUAGGCAUUGCUGGAGUUUUUCUGAUCGUGUUGGGAUCCAUCUACGCAUUGAUAGGUGUCAAGAGCCGAUGGGUUCAGAUAUUUUUGUCCACAGGCUUCCUCGCAAGCGUGGCAACCGCAGCUCUGGUCGAGUAUGUCAUGCAUCCGCCCUUAACGAAUGCCAUUCAAGGAGGCUUCUUCGUCGCCAUCCUCAUGACUGGAGUCAUCUUUGGUGCAGGAGCACUCGUGUUCAAGGAGUUCACAGAGGGGUUCGGUUGUCUUCUCGGCGGCUUCACGUUUAGUAUGUGGCUCCUGACGCUCAAAGCGGGAGGUCUCAUCACCAAUCAAAUUGGAAAGGGAAUCUUUAUUGGCAUAUUCUGCAUACUUGCAUGGGCGCUUUCACUCAGCUCAUAUACUCGGCCGUAUGCCUUGAUAGGAUCCACCUCUUUCAGUGGCGCGACUGCCUUUGUUCUCGGGAUUGACUGCUUCACGAGGGCAGGUAUGAAGGAGUUCUGGUUUUAUAUCUGGGAUCUCAAUGACGAUCUCUUCCCACUAGGCACCACAACGUUUCCACUGACGAGAGGUAUGCGAGUGGAGAUUGCAGUUCUUGUCAUUGGCACGAUCAUAGGCGUACUAUCACAGAUCAAACUGUGGAAGGUCAUCAGGACCAAGGAAAUGGUGGUAGAAGCAGACCAGGAAGAGAUUGACCGACAACAAGAGGCCAUCGACGCUGCAUUAGGACGGCAUCUGCAACGACAAAAUGAUCGCGAGAAAACGCAAUGGGAGAGACAAUAUGGCGAUCGCCUACAAAGUAAACGCAACACGGUUCUUUGGCAGGAUGCACAUCCUGAGAAGAGAUACUCAAGUGUAUCUGUCGUUGCGCUGGAACCAACGUCUGUUCUUUCGUCGGCAGAAAGUUUGGAAAUGAAUGCUUUCGGACCCAAGCGCAUCUCUGGUUAUGGAUCCAAGAACAAACGCCAAAGUUCCCUCGCUGUGGAUGUGAUUGAGGAAAUCGAAGAAGAUCCCGAAGUGAUCGCGGAAGCAGAGCGCCGGAAGGCUCUUCAAGCCUUGGAGGAGGUUGACACCUCGGUUGCAAAUAAAGCAGCAUCAAAAGGCAAUCAGAAAGCAAAGGGAUCCCCGACGAGUUAUCAACAACUUUAUGAUCAAGAAUCGAGCGGUCCACGAAAGAGUAAAGACCUCCCCACACGCAAAAGAGAUUCUCAACAACCACGAUCAGGUCUGGCCAAGCGACUCAGCCAAUCAAACAUAGGUGCAUCUGCAUCAGAGUCAAACGAAAAUCUUCUCGAUGUGGAAAGGCCCUAUAGUAGGGCAUCCUCUGUGGCUGCAACUUUGGAUGAAGCCAAUGAAAUCCUCGAGCUUCCAAAUCUCGAGCAUGAAGAAGAUGAUGUGCGAUCGCCCCCAGAGAUUGUCAUCUCUCCCAUCGGAUCGGAUGAUGGGAAAUCCCGAAAUGCUGGUAUUCAACUCGCUGUGGAGACUACAAAGGCUCCCAUCCAGCCACGGGAGGCAUCAGAGCUAGCAUCAGACUCAACUGCUUUGAAUGAAGGCUUGGGCUCAAGUAGUGUUUCAUUGACAGAGAUUGCGGAAAAGGAUGCAUCACAGAGCAACAAGGACUACUCUCAAUCGCAGGUGACAGAAGAGUCAAAUUCCACUGCUGAUAGCUUGACUGCCCUGGCUCUUGCUUCGAUUCCAAGUCAAUUGUCGAACGUGGUCUUGUCUUACCGUACAAACGAAUGGGCAAAGCACAUCAGUGUCGCUGAAAUCCCCAUUUGUGAGGAGCCGGAAGCUAUUGCCGGUAAUGACACAGAGUUGCCAACACAGCUCGCGAAACCAAUACCUGAAGCUGAGAAGAAGGCAGCAGCCACCGUGGCUGCAAUCGAAGUACCUCCUCCAGAGUUGCUGCCCCCAACCGUGAAGGCUAGCAAUGGGGGAGUUGGGAUUGCUGUCAAUCCGGUGUCGGCUCAACGAUCUUUCUCCGAUCCAGAUCGACGUCCAAGUCCAAGCCUCAGUACUGUGAACGCACCUUCCAGGACAGCUUCAAUGCAAUCGUUGAAGUUGCCUGGACACAGAAAUAGCAGGAACAGUUUCAGUCCAGGUUCGACCACGUCUUUGGUAACGACACCCAUCGACGAAAAUGUGCCAACAGUCUUCGCUGCCUCAAAAAGCCCAUCCCGACGAGUAUCAACUGGUCCAUACAUGAUGCCCAGUAGGCAACUCUCCUCAUCUUCCCUUACAAAUUCUGCGGGACCACGGCCACACACAUCUCAAACACCCUCAAAUCCUUACCAUAACAACAGCACGGUCAGCCUCCCACAGUCCGUCAGACCUGCCAGCCAGCAAAUGUCUUCGUCAAUGGGAACACGCCUUGACUCGUAUGACUCGCGACAACCACCUCGCAAGGAAUCCACCCGCCCCAAUGCAGAGCGUCGAGAGUCUCUACUUGCAGAAUGGCGACUGUCACAGCAACAGCGUACGAUGACCAAUGGUACCAGUGGAGUGGCUGUCGAAAACAGCAGAGCUCAAAUGCAGGCUGAGAGAGAGACUAGACGCAUGACUGAGGAAUACAAAAAGCGGGAGCAGCAAAGAAAGCAGCAAAGUAUGGAUCAAGCUAUGAGACGUCCUGAUAUGCAGGAUGCCCAUCGGGAGGCCAUGCGAAGGAUGCAAGCCGGUGCUAAUAACACUCUACGCAACUCCUCUGCUUGA